AUGCUUUGUUAUUUUAAAUCAAUUAGAAUAAUAAGAAGGGAAAAUGUAAUCAAUUCAAAAAAUGAUAAAUUAGAUUAUUUGGCUUGGAUUUAUUUAGUGAAACUUCUAUUCAAGCUGUUCUUACAAUUUAAACAGUUUAAAUUGAUUUAAUAAUCCUAUUGUUAUAUUAAUUAGUUCUAGAAGAAUAGAAUUUAAGGAUAUAUCAAUUAUUAACAAUAUAAAUUUGAGAAAAGAAUGAAAUUUUCAAUUCAUUAGACAUAAUUCAAGAGUAUUCUGAUUUUCAUAGAGAAGAUUUAUUAGAUUUGUCAAAUGUAUUAGAUUAUUGAAUAUAUAUUAGAUAAUUAAAGUGA